UCCUUUUGGUUCCCAGGUGCCAUGAGGAAGCCGCGCAAGAAAUCGCGGCAGAAUGCCGAGGGCCGGCGCUCCCCAUCCCCUUACAGUCUCAAGUGCUCACCUACUCGCGAGACCCUGACUUAUGCCCAGGCCCAACGGAUCGUUGAGGUGGACAUUGACGGGCGCCUGCAUCGCAUUAGCAUCUAUGACCCACUCAAGAUCAUCACGGAGGAUGAGCUGACUGCUCAGGAUAUCACUGAAUGUAACAGUAACAAGGAAAACAGCGAGCAGCCCCAGUUCCCCGGCAAGUCCAAGAAACCCUUAUCCAAAGGCAAGAAGAAGGAGUCCUGCUCCAAGCAUGCUUCUGGCACAUCCUUCCACCUCCCACAGCCCAGCUUCCGCAUGGUGGACUCAGCCAGCCAACCAGAAGCUCCUCCUCUGCCUGCUGCCUAUUACCGCUACAUUGAGAAGCCACCUGAAGACCUAGAUGCAGAAGUAGAGUACGACAUGGAUGAGGAAGACCUUGCCUGGUUAGAUAUGGUGAAUGAGAAGAGGCGAGUAGAUGGGCACAGUUUGGUGUCAGCAGACACCUUUGAGCUGUUGGUGGACCGACUUGAGAAGGAGUCAUACUUGGAGAGUCGCAGCAGUGGGGCCCAGCAGUCACUCAUAGAUGAAGAUGCCUUCUGUUGUGUGUGUCUAGAUGAUGAAUGUCACAACAGCAAUGUCAUUCUCUUCUGUGACAUUUGCAACCUGGCUGUUCACCAGGAGUGCUAUGGUGUUCCCUAUAUCCCCGAGGGCCAGUGGCUUUGCCGCUGCUGUCUACAGUCUCCCUCUCGGCCUGUGGAUUGCGUCCUCUGCCCCAACAAGGGCGGUGCCUUCAAACAGACCAGUGAUGGGCACUGGGCGCACGUGGUGUGUGCUAUCUGGAUCCCUGAAGUCUGCUUUGCUAACACCGUGUUCCUGGAGCCCAUCGAGGGUAUUGAAAACAUCCCACCUGCCCGCUGGAAACUAACUUGCUACAUCUGCAAACAGAAGGGGCUGGGUGCAGCCAUCCAGUGUCAUAAGGUGAACUGCUACACGGCCUUCCAUGUGACAUGUGCACAGCGGGCCGGGCUCUUCAUGAAGAUUGAGCCCAUGCGGGAGACCGGCCUCAAUGGCACCAUCUUCACUGUACGCAAGACAGCCUAUUGUGAGGCCCACUCACCACCAGGGGUCACUACUGCCAGGAGGAAGGGUGACUCCCCUGGAGGCCUCAGUGAAGCUGGGGAUGAAGAAGGACUAAAGGAGGGUAGUGGGGAAGAGGAAGAAGACGAGAAAGAGGCAGAAGAGGAAGAGGAAGAAGGCCAAGGUGGGGUGAGCAGCCCCCUUAAGGGAAUGCCCAAGAAGAACAAGUUGAGUUUGAAACAAAAGAUCAAGAAAGAACCAGAGGAAGCAGGGCGGGACACACCCUCCACUGCCCCAAUGGUUACUGUACCACAGAUCCCCACCUACAGGUUGAACAAGAUCUGUAGUGGUCUCUCCUUUCAGAGGAAAAACCAGUUCAUGCAGCGACUUCACAACUACUGGCUGUUGAAGCGACAGGCACGGAACGGUGUCCCCCUCAUCCGGCGCCUGCACUCCCACCUGCAGUCUCAAAGGAAUGCUGAGCAGCGAGAGCAGGACGAGAAGACAAGUGCAGUGAAGGAGGAGCUGAAAUACUGGCAGAAGCUCCGGCAUGACUUGGAGCGGGCACGGCUGCUGAUUGAGCUAAUUCGGAAGAGAGAGAAGCUCAAGCGGGAGCAGGUCAAGGUCCAGCAGGCUGCCAUGGAGCUGGAAUUGGUGCCAUUCAACGUUCUGCUGAGGACAACAUUGGACCUGCUGCAGGAGAAGGAUCCCGCACACAUCUUCGCUGAACCUGUCAACCUCAGUGAGGUUCCAGAUUACCUGGAAUUCAUAUCCAAGCCAAUGGAUUUUUCUACUAUGAGGCGGAAGCUGGAGUCCCACCUGUACCGCACCUUGGAGGAGUUUGAGGAGGACUUUAACCUUAUAGUUACCAACUGCAUGAAGUAUAAUGCUAAAGACACAAUUUUCCACCGAGCAGCUGUCCGCCUGCGGGACCUAGGAGGGGCCAUCCUGCGGCAUGCCCGGCGGCAGGCAGAGAACAUCGGCUAUGACCCCGAAAGGGGCACCCAUCUGCCCGAGUCACCCAAAUUGGAGGACUUUUACCGCUUCUCCUGGGAAGACGUGGACAACAUCCUCAUCCCAGAGAACCGGGCCCAUUUAUCUUCGGAGGUGCAGCUGAAGGAGCUGCUGGAGAAGCUGGACCUGGUGAGCGCCAUGCGGUCUAGUGGGGCCCGGACCCGCCGCGUCCGCCUGCUGCACCGGGAGAUCAAUGCCCUCCGGCAGAAGCUAGCACAACCACCACCGCCACCACCACCACCACUGCUGCCAUCCUUGAACAAGACUGUGCCCAAUGGGGAGUUGUCGACCGGGCCCCGUGGGGAUGCUGCUGCUAUGGAGCAGGCCCUGCGGGAGGAGUCCGAAGACAGUGGGGAUAGAGAUGACACCAAACUUUCUCCUCCUCCAACCCUGGAGCCUACUGGGCCUGCACCAUCACUGUCUGAGCAAGAAUCUCCCCCAGAGCCCCCUACUCUGAAACCCAUCAAUGAUAGUAAAUCUUCAAGCCGGGUCCUAAAGCCCAGAAAGGUGGAAGAAGAUGUGCUCUUGGAAAAAUCACCUCUACAACUAGGGAAUGAGCCUUUGCAACGCCUGCUCAGUGACAAUGGCCUCAACAGACUGUCCCUCACAGCCCCCGACACCCCUGCUGGUGCCCCACUCAGUGGGGUGGGUCGCCGCACAUCAGUCCUCUUCAAGAAGGCCAAGAAUGGGGCCAAGCUACAGAGGAGCCCAGACAGGGCCAUGGAGAAUGGCGAGGACCAUGGUGCCGUGGGUUCUCCUGCUUCUCCCUCCAGCACUGAGGAUGAGCAGCACUCCCGGAAGCGGCCCCGGAGUAGGAGCUGUAGUGAAAGCGAAGGGGAGAGGUCCCCUCAGCCAGAAGAAGAGACAGGCGUAACCAAUGGCUUUGGAAAACACACCGAAAGUGGGUCUGACUCGGAAUGUAGUUUGGGUCUCAGUGGUGGACUGGCAUUUGAAGCCUGCAGUGGUCUGACUGCCCCAAAACGCAGCCGUGGGAAGCCAGCCCUGUCUCGAGUGCCCUUCCUGGAAGGUGUCAAUGGAGAUUCUGACUACAACGAUUCAGGCAGAAGCCUCCUGAUGCCCUUUGAAGACCGCGGAGACCUGGAGCCCCUGGAGCUGGUGUGGGCCAAGUGCCGAGGCUACCCCUCCUACCCUGCCUUGAUCAUCGAUCCCAAGAUGCCCCGGGAGGGCCUUCUGCACAAUGGUGUUCCCAUCCCAGUCCCCCCGCUGGAUGUGCUGAAGCUGGGAGAGCAGAGACAGGCAGAGGCUGGAGAGAAGCUCUUCCUUGUCCUCUUCUUUGACAACAAGCGUACCUGGCAGUGGCUUCCAAGAGACAAAGUCCUGCCUCUAGGUGUGGAAGACACUGUGGACAAGCUCAAGAUGCUGGAAGGUCGCAAGACCAGCAUCCGAAAGUCGGUGCAGGUGGCCUAUGACCGUGCAAUGAUCCACCUGAGCCGUGUUCGGGGGCCACACUCUUUCGUCACCUCCAGCUACCUGUGA